UACAGCUUCAGCAUAGCAACAAUGCCGUCCCCGGAGCGAUCCUCAAAACGACCAUCGCCACCAGCAGAAGGCGAUUCAGACCGCCGGCACCACCGCAGCCGCCGCAGCCAUGGCGAAUCGCAUUCGCAUUCGCAUUCCCACCGACACCGACACCGACACCGCGAUCACCCGCGCUCUCGGUCUCCCCACCGAUCAGACCGUCACCGAUCCGAGCGUCACCGUCGACAUGAUCGAGAACGAGAUGAGAAUGCAGAACGAACAGACCGGGACCGUCGUGACCAGCGAAGCCGAGACGCUCCAGCGCAGCCCGUGGUCCUCCCGCUCCAGGCACGAGAGCUCACACGACGCGAUUUGGCGGCCUAUGAGCCGAUGUUCGCAAUGUACUUGGAUAUUCAAAAAGGGAUCCUCAUUGAAGAUUUGUCAGAAGAAGAGGUAAAGGGGCGAUGGAAGAGUUUCAUUCGAAAGUGGAACCAUGGUGAACUUGCCGAGGGAUGGUAUGACCCUGCUACACUAGAAAGAGCGCGCCAGAAUGCGGCGGAAUACCAGCCCGGUCCGACGGAGAGAGCAUCGCCGGAGUAUGGACGAGGGGAAUCUUCCCGGAAUACGGGUGCGGCGGCACAACCAGCGGGAGAGGAUGACGAAGAUGAUGAGGAAUACGGGCCAACACUACCGGUUCCCGGGUCUAUAAGAGAUGUCACACAUUCUGGGCCAACGAUACCAAACAUGCAGGAUCUCGAACUUAAGCGCGAAUCCGCGAUUGAAGACGCAAUCGCCGCCCGCGAAGACUCACGACAACAAUACCGCUCCGAACUGCACUCUCACAAGGCCGAGGUUCGCCAUCUCGAAGACGAAGUCGCCCCGCGAGCCGAGCCUGGUACCCGGGAGCGACAGCUAGAAAAACGCCGCGAAGCUGCUGCGGCCAACCGUGCCUUUGCCGACGCGCGUGGAGCCUCUCCGGAAGCAGCCCCCGACGCAGAGCUCAUGGGGAACGACGACUUUGCAUCUCUCAAGAAGGAAAAGGACAGGGAGCAGCGGAAGAAGAACGAGCGGGAGAUUCGACGAGAGGAAAUCAUGCGAGCUCGGGCAGCGGAGCGAGAGGAGCGGGUUCAGAAGUACCGUGAGAAGGAGGAUGAGACUAUUGGAUGGUUGCAGGCAUUGGCAAAGCAGCGGUUUGGCUAGAUGAUGAUUAUCCUCGCGUAACUUGCCCUCUAUAUAACUACCCUCUUUUCCUGCCUGAGAACCCGUUUUACUAGCGUCCAUCAUCUUGUACCAAAUCUAUCGCAUUUAUCUCAUCUCUUGGUCGGCAUAUCCUGUGUCUUGAAAUGCACCGGAUCCCUAGUUCUCUAAUACAUCAAACACCCCUCAGCUCAACCAAAGAACGCACCUGCUUGCCGUCAGCGUCGAAAUUGCCCGGCUCCAACCACUUCUGAAACGCCGCCUUC